AUGGCUAAGGGAAAAUUGCAAAAAAAGCUUAUGUGCAAGACUCUUGGCCCAAUGAUAUUAGGAAUGAUUUGCACUGUCUUUAUUUCAUAUAUUCCUUUUUAUUUCCAGUACCCUUCUUGGAUAGAUUCUAUUACAGACAAAAUGUUAAAUGAUCAACAAAAAACUUUGCUUCAAUUAACUAACAACUUAGCCUCAUCCACAGGGUGAUCUUUACAAUAUCCUGUAAAUUUUGUUCUUUUAAUGAAAACUCUUAUAGAAGAAUACUACGGUGGAACCUUAAAAGUAAAAUCAGAUUUCAAUUCUGCGAAUAAUUAUGUUAAUGCUAGAUCAUUUGCUUUUGGAGAAGUAGAAGGGUUUGACAAUAAAAGUAUUUAUUAUGAUUAUUCUAUGUGAUAUCUAGGCCCGCAUCUUUUAGAAACUAGUGAGCUCAACUCAGCGCAGCUUCUUGAGCUUAAUACUUCAGGGGUUUUCGACUCGUUUUUGAAACCAAUUGCCUUGCUCAAGGCAAAUUAUUCAGGAAUUUUAGAUGUGUCGUAUAUUGCUUGGGAUCAGGAAGGCUUAUUUUACAUGCAGCCACUUGGGUGAGAAACAUAUUAUGUGGAUUUUGAGCAAAAAAAUUGCUCCUAUAUAAAUGAAACUGAAUCCUACUAUGAUCCAAGGUGUAGAUUUUGAUACAAGGCUCUUAAGAAUAGCACAAAUCAGAAUUUAGCUGUUAUUAAUAAGCCUUACGUGUUCGCAAGUGGAGCUUUGGGACAAACUGUAUGUGCAGGCUACUACCCAAAUAAAGAACUUGAAAUUGCUGGCUGUAUCGAUUAUUUACUAGAAAAUAUAAAAAAAAUCCUGGAGGUUGUAAACAUCCCAGGCUCAAAAUACGCAUUUGCAGUAACUACUGACGCUGUCCCAUUUAUUCACCCUAAACUCAACACAAAUGCUUCUGAAUUGCCGUCUAUCCAAGAACUUGAAUUUGGUGCAGAUAAUCUUGAUUCUUCUGAGUGCGGAAAAUUCAACGAUACUAUUUUUAUAGAUUUGCAAGGAGAUAGAGCUUUAACCUCAACUUAUGACGUUCAGCAGAAAAAAUAUUUAAUCGCUAUUUCACCAAUUAAUUUAACGAUGGGGAUGGAUGGGACUAUUGAAAGGAUUGGAAGUAUUGGCAUUCGGCUUGCUGAAGAGUAUAUGACAGCAAAUUUUAAUGAUCUGAAGGACUCGUUGAAAAAUAUUAUUUAUAUUGAAGGAAUUGUGCUCAUUUUUGUGCUCACAGGGAUUUUGAUUAUGUGCUGGCUGCUGACACGAUGAGUUACUGAACAGAUCGUGAGGCCGAUGGACGAUUUAUUGGAAAUCCUUGAUAGGAUGAUGAAUGGAGAUUUAGAUGUAGACAUCGAAGAUCAUUAUCAAGUUUGCUCACAGGAACUGACCAGCUUGUACUCAGUUUUUGGAAAGCUGAAAGUGGUUUUGAGGUUUAGAGAAAAGGUGUAUUUUUCUGAAGAGUCUAGAGCAGUCAUGAACUAUGCUCAAGCUUUAGCUUUAUUUAACGAAUUUCGGAAUAUAAAAGGUGCUGGAAUCUGCUAUAAUAACCUUGGAACAAUACACUUCAAAAACAAAAGAUAUUACCAAGCUGCUGAGUGUUUUGCCAAAGCUUUAGAAUGCGCAGAAAUGCUCAACCAAAGCAAUGAAUUGAUAAUAAAAAGAAAGCAUCUUCUAGCCAAAGCAUUACUGCAUACAAAGAAUAAUGAUAGAAGAGCCGUAAAUUUAUUGCUGGAUAUAGCAGACAGCUAUAAAACUGACACAGACGAUUACUCCAAGCUUGUGUCUUGUCUAUUAGAAGUAGCAGAAGUUUUAAUCAAAAAUUGGGGAGAAGGUAGACAUCAGCUUAUAGAAGCUGAAGGUAUUUUAGAUCGAGAAGGGACGUUUUCGACUCCCAAAAAUAUAUUAUAUGAAAGACUGCUGUACUGCAAAGGCUUAUUGCUUGUGAAGCAAAAAAAGCUAAAAGAUGCGUGCAAGACUUUCACAGAAGCAUUAGAAAUCAAUGCAGAUUAUGACCCUGAUGUUAGGAAAAGCUGCCUAGAAGAGCUGCUAAAAAUUUUCAAAGAGCACAAUCAGCCGACUUUUCAAAUAGAAGAGCUUCUUGAAGACUUUGAAGACCCUCCAAAAGAUAUAGUGUUUGUCUUGGAUUACAGUCUUUCAAUGAAUGGUAGCCGAAUCCAAAAAGCGCUAAACAGCAUUAUCAAUGUGAUUGAUGAGCACGUUAGACCAAUUGAUAAAAUCGGGUUCAUUAUUUUUAACAAACAAUGUGAAGUUGUAUUUAAUCUCACCCAUAGAGGAAAUGAUCCUUCUCACUUAAAAUCUCAAAUCAUGAGAUGAGACAGUCCGAAAGGUGGCACUGCAUUUUAUGAUGCAAUUAUGUUGGCUUUGGAAGAAUUCCAAGCUUAUAGGACACAAAGCCUGUCAAUUCUACCAUUCGAAGAUGUAUGCAAAAAAGUAUCAAAGAGGCUACAAUGGAUCGUAGCACUAACAGAUGGAGAAGAUAAUGCAAGCAAAACGCCUUAUUUAAAGCUAAAGAAAAAGCUGAGAAAAUCUAAAGCAAAUUUGGUAACUAUUGGCCUAAAUUUAAGCAGAACUGUGAUGCCAAUUAUUGCGAACUUGUGCGAAGCCACUGCAAAAGGAAUUUUUAUUGAAAGCGCAUCACUGGCAGAUUUAGACUUAGCGUUUAAAACGUUGAUUUCUUUGGUGGCUUGCAAUAUGCAAACAAUAGAAAGUCUGGAUUAA